AUGCUCGACACCUCCAUCUGGGUAUCCGAUCAGCCUUCACGCCCACACCUUUUCCACCAUUAAACCUCUUUAAAUCAUUCGAAUUUCUUACUCCCCACUCAAUUUCACCCCUUACGCAUAUAAAAUCUUCGAGUUGGUGGUAGAAAUCGACCCGCCACCAUGGACGGAGGCGCCAAUCUCAACACUAAUGGUGGUGGCGGAGGCGGAGGCGGAGGCGGAGGCGGAGGACCCACCGUCGGUGUUCAGAUCAAUCAACGCCACUCUCAUCGGAGACUCCCUGAUUUUCUCCAAAGCGUCAAUCUCAAGUAUGUGAAAUUAGGUUACCAUUAUCUCAUCUCUCACUUGUUGACCUUAUGUUUGGUCCCCGUUAUGAUCGUCAUCUUAAUCGAAGCAUCUCAGAUGAACCCUAGUGAUAUCCGUCAAUUAUGGGUUCAUCUUCAAUACAAUCUUGUUAGUAUCAUCAUAUGUUCUGCUGUUUUGGUAUUCGGAUCCACUGUUUACAUCAUGACCCGACCCAAACCCGUUUAUCUCGUCGAUUACGCCUGUUAUCGUCCUCCCGAUCACCUUAAAGCUCCAUACGAACGGUUCAUGAAACACUCUAGAUUAACAGGCGAUUUCGAUGAAUCAUCUUUAGAGUUUCAAAGAAAGAUCUUGGAAAGGUCUGGACUUGGUGAAGAAACAUAUGUACCUGAAGCUAUGCAUUUUGUACCUCCGCGGCCGUCCAUGGCCGCCGCCAGAGAAGAGGCGGAGCAGGUUAUGUAUGGUGCUUUGGAUAAUCUGUUUGCCGCCACCGGAAUUAAGCCAAAAGACAUCGGAAUAUUGGUUGUGAAUUGCAGUUUGUUUAAUCCAACUCCUUCGUUAUCUUCCAUGAUUGUUAACAAAUACAAAUUAAGGGGUAAUAUCAGAAGUUUUAAUUUGGGCGGAAUGGGGUGCAGUGCCGGUGUGAUUGCGGUGGAUCUUGCUAAAGAUAUGUUGCAGGUUCACCGGAAUACUUAUGCCGUUGUUGUGAGUACUGAAAACAUUACUCAAAAUUGGUACUUUGGAAACAAGAAAUCAAUGCUGAUCCCGAAUUGUCUGUUUAGAGUUGGUGGCUCGGCGGUUCUGUUGUCGAACAAAUCGGUUGAUCGAUCACGAGCCAAGUAUAAACUUGUUCAUGUCGUUCGAACCCAUCGUGGGGCCGACGAUAAAGCAUUCCGUUGUGUGUAUCAAGAACAAGAUCCCGCUGGAAAAACCGGUGUUUCAUUAUCGAAAGAUCUCAUGGCGAUUGCUGGUGGAGCUUUAAAAACCAACAUCACGACUUUAGGUCCGCUUGUUCUUCCGAUCAGUGAACAGCUCCUGUUUUUCUGCACUUUGAUCGCGAAGAAACUCUUCAACGACGAUGUCAAGCCGUACAUCCCCGAUUUCAAAUUAGCAUUCGAUCAUUUCUGCAUUCACGCUGGCGGCAGAGCGGUGAUUGAUGAGCUCGAGAAGAAUCUGCAGCUGUUGCCAACCCAUGUGGAGGCGUCUCGAAUGACUCUCCACAGAUUCGGCAACACUUCUUCUAGCUCAAUUUGGUACGAGUUAGCAUACACCGAGUCCAAAGGGCGGAUGCGAAAGGGUCACCGAGUGUGGCAGAUUGCCUUCGGGAGUGGGUUCAAAUGCAACAGUGCGGUUUGGAAGGCGUUACGGAAUGUGAAACCGCCAGUUAAUGGUCCGUGGGAGGAUUGCAUCGAUAAGUAUCCGGUCGAACUAGUUUCGUAAGGUUUGAUUCCGCUACUAUAGGUACAAUUCGGUUUUAGAUUCGUGUUCGUCUUUUUAGUUUCGGUUUGCGGCCCUUCAUUGUACUGUUUUUGAUCAUUGAAGUUGAAUCUUUUCACUGGUUUUUGUGUUUGUGG